AUAUAGUUGUAAAUAAAUGCAGGCAAUUGAAAUGAAACGAGAUGUUAGCUUUUUGAAAGUGUUUAACCACACUCAUAAGCGUUUAGGGGGUCAUGGUGAUUUUAUAGAUAACAAGUCCAAGUCUACGAGUAAAAUGUAUAAUUCUGUACUAUCGCAGAAGUAUGGUGAGAAUUUAUCUUCUCAACCAGAAUUCGAUCCGAAUGCUUGGAUUGAAGCAAUUGGAGGGAUUGAGACUACACGCACUCACGUGUAUGGGUUUGGUACUCGGGUGCCUGUUACAGCUUUACUUACUGGAACACAUAGCAAUGUAACAACAUCUGAGUCUGCAUGUGGCGCUAUCAACUCAAACGCUACCAGUCUCGCAAUUGCAUUGGAAGAAAAAGUGAAAAAUCUUUCAAAAAACUUAGAUAAGAUACGUGAUGAAAUACGUGAAGAAAUUAAGAAUGCAAUGACAGAAAGCAUGAGUGAAUUUAAGGCACGUAUGGAAACCAUGAUCAUGACUAAUGCACUUUCAAAAUAAGGAAAUGCGAGACCUUCAAGUUAACAUCUUGACAAGUAAGAUCACAUUUUAUGAUAUGAUGUCUAUGUUUCACUGCUACACUUUGAUAUUUUUUAGUAUAGCUGUUUAAUAACAAUUUUAGCUUUAUAUUCAUAUGUGUUGAAUUUUUUUAGAUAUUAUGUGUUAGGGUAAUUUUGAAUUGUACGAAUUUGACUUCGAAUC